CAAAAGAACUGACUGAAAAUAACAUAAUAAAUCUAUAAUUAUAAAAGGUUUAAGUGAAAAAGAUCAGAAAUGUUAGCUCGUAUUGCUGCUCUAACACAGAGACCCCUUUCUUUUAUUCGCUCCUUCAAGUACAGGAGAACUGAUAGCAUACCAAAUUCCAGCCGUGGAGAAAUGGAUUUUACGGAUUUGGAUUCAAAUGCUACGAAAUGUGUAAAUCUUAGGUUGUGCAGUGUCUCCGGUUGCAUGACUGAGAUACUUGAAAUUCGUGCUGUUCGUCCCUCUUUUCAUGUUGUGUUUGUUCCUGGAAAUCCUGGUGUUAUUACCUUUUACAAGGACUUUGUGGAAUCAUUGUUCAAGUCCCUGGGAGGAACGGCAUCUGUAUCAGCUGUUGGCGCUUCAGGUCAUACAGAAAAGAAUUGGGAACACGGAAAGUUGUAUUCCUUGCAAGAACAAAUUGAUCACAAGAUUGAGUUCAUCAAAGUGCAAAAUAUUGAAGCCCCUUUAGUUCUUGUAGGGCACUCUAUUGGUUCAUAUAUAGCACUAGAAAUGCUAAGGAGGCUGCCAGAGAAGGUAAUGUAUUGCAUUGGACUCUACCCAUUUUUAGCCUUAAAUCUGCAAUCAAAGAAACAGGCUGUCAUCGUGAAGGUUAUUAUGUCCAGAGUACUGUCCAUUAUGGUUACACUCUUUGUAGCACCGUUGAGCUUGUUACCAAGACGGGUUUUGAGGCUAAUUUCUGAACUUUCGAAUGGGAAUUCAUGGUCUAAUACUGCCCACGAAGCUUGUUGCUCUCACUUACCACAGUAUCAUACCAUACGCAAUGUGCUAUAUAUGGCCAGGACGGAGUUCAUAAAGCUUUCAGAAACACCAGAUUGGGAAUUUAUGAGAGAAAACCAGGAGAAAAUUUCAUUCUUGUAUGGCAUUGAUGAUCACUGGGGUCCAUAACAAAUGUUCGAAGAGGUCUCUAGGCAGGCCUCAGGAAUUGCUCUAUCAAUAGAAAGGGAGGGCCACACUCACGGUUUUUGUUGUACGGAGGCUGGCUCCAUAUGGGUUGCUCGCCAUGUUGCUAGCCUGAUAAAGAACAAAUUAGCAAGAUGAUGCCGGUAAGAUCAGUUUUAUAAUUAUUGCAUUAUUUUGAUUGCAAUGCAGUUUGGUUUGAGUAUCAAAUCAACUGCAGUGACAUCUGAAAUAAGCUAGAUAUCACUAUUAGAGUACUUUGGUUCACUCUAAUGGAAUAGAGAUGUAAUAUAAUAAAAUUAUAAUGGAAUAAAGCUGUAAUAAGUAAUUCAAUUGUUUGAUUAAAUGGAAUGGAAUAGAACUGUAA